GUCUGCCGGGAAGCUCUCGGGACGGUUACCCACCGGGCCAGCAGCAGUCCGGAGUGGAGUUUCGACAUGCAGAGCACUGACCUGGGCAACAAGGAGAGCGGCAAGAUAUGGCACCGCAAGCCAUCGCCGGCUACUCACGACGGAAUUAUAGUGAACAUUGUUCACAGCACUUCUGAAUACCAUCCAAAAGUUUUGCGGUUUUUGAGUGUGGCUUUUGAUGGCUCAGGCGAUUCCUUUAUUGCUGGGGACCAUCUGGGAAACAUCUAUACUUUUGACUUGCAUGGAAACAGGUUUAAUCUUGUUCAGCGAACAGCCCAAGCGUGCACAGCUCUGGCCUUUAAUCUUCGUAGGAAGUCUGAGUUCCUUGUGGCAUUAGCUGAUUAUUCUAUUAAAUGUUUUGAUACAGUCACUAAGGAGCUGGUUAGCUGCAUGAGAGGACAUGAAUCGUCAGUGUGUUCCAUCUCUGUGCACGCAUCCGGGAGAUACGCCAUCACGACUUCCUCUGACACAGCUCAGCUCUGGGACUUGGAUACUUUCCAGAGGAAAAGAAAGCUGAACAUCCUCCAGUCUGUGGGGAUACAGAAGGUUUUCUUUCUACCAUUAAGUAACAUCAUCCUCAGCUGCUUUAAAGACAACUCCAUCUUUGCCUGGGAAUGUGAUACUCUGCUUUGCAAGUACCAAUUGCCAGCUCCACCUGAAGGUUCUAGCAUGUUAUACAAAGUAUUUGCUGUGACCAGAGAUGGCCGAAUGUUGGCUGUUGGAGGCAAAUCCAAUCACCUGCAUUUGUGGUGCUUGGAGGCCACACAACUCUUCAGAAUCAUCCAGAUGCCAACGAAGGUUCGAGCUGUUCGCCAUCUGGAAUUCCUGCCUGAUAGCUUUGAUGCUGGAUCCAAUCAGGUUCUUGGUGUGCUAAGUCAAGACGGCAUUAUGAGAUUUGUCAACAUACAAACUUGUAAACUUCUCUUUGAAAUUGGGAGCAUUGAAGAAGGAAUUAGCUUAUCAGUAAUUAGCCCACACGGUCGGUACAUAGCAUCUAUUAUGGAAAAUGGAAGUCUGAACGUAUAUUCAGUUCAAGCUUUGACACAAGAAAUAAAUAAGCCACCUCCUCCUCUAUUUAAAGUGAUUGAAGAUUUGCCCAGUAGUUCCAGUAAUCUUAAGAUGAAAAUAAUGCCAGGAAGAGUCCAGCAGUCAGCAAGAUGUAAAGAAAGCAAAAUUCAAACUAGAAUACUCAAGCAAGACCUGACUAGUAAUUUAGAAAACAAGGAGAAUAAAUUGUCAGAAGGAUUAAGUAGAAAACGUUUGCAAAUCUUAUUAAAAGGCUACGGGGAAUAUCCAACAAAAUACAGAAUGUUUAUUUGGCGCUCUUUACUACAACUGCCUGAAAACCAUGCUACGUUUAGUAGCUUGAUGGAUAAGGGGACCCACGUGGCUUAUCUCAACCUUCAGAGGAAAUACCCCAUCAAAAGUAGAAAACUGCUGCGAGUAUUGCAGAGAACCCUCUCUGUAUUAGCUCACUGGUCUACGAUCUUCGGCGAAAUACCCUAUCUUCCACUCUUGGCAUUUCCAUUUGUGAAGUUAUUCCAGAACAAUCAGCUCAUCUGUUUUGAAGUUAUUGCUACUCUCAUAAUCAAUUGGUGUCAACAUUGGUUUGAGUACUUUCCUAAUCCUCCCAUCAAUAUUCUUAGUAUGAUAGAAAAUGUUUUGGCAUUUCGUGACAAGGAACUACUGCAGCAUUUUAUAGAUCGUAACAUAACUUCUCAGCUAUAUGCCUGGCCUCUCCUGGAAACUGUGUUCUCAGAAGUGCUAACGAGAGAGGAGUGGCUCAGACUCUUUGAUAAUGUCUUCUCCAAUCACCCUUCCUUCCUGCUGCUGACCGUGGUGGCCUACAACACCUGUUCUAGAGUGCCCUUGCUCAGCUGCACUCUUAAGGAUGACUUUGAGUAUUUUUUUCACCAUCGGAAUAACCUGGACAUAAAAGUUGUAAUUAGAGAAGUUUAUCAUCUGAUGGAGACCACACCUGCUGAUAUUCAUCCAAAUAGCAUGCUGGAUGCUUUUGCUGCAUUAACAAAAGGGCAAUAUCCCAUAUUUAAUCAAUAUCCAAAGUUUAUUGUGGACUAUCAGACACAGGAACGAGAAAGGAUAAGGAAUGAUGAACUGGAUUUCUUGAGAGAGAGGCUAGCUGCUGUGAAAAGAGAGCUCAAGAUAAAGGAAAUAUGCUUACAGGAUGCUGCUAGGAGACGUUUACUGAAGGUUCAACAAGAUCAAUGUGAAAUGGAGCUACGCAGGCUGGAGGAUGAAAUUAAGAGAAAGGUCCAAAUGAGAGAUCAGGAAAUUGUGGCCACAACCAACGACCUGGAAAUGAGACAGCUGGAACUUGAAUCACAAAAACGGCUUUAUGAGAAGAAUCUUACUGAAAGACAAGAUACUGUUGCGAAGGAGAUUCGAGAAGAUGCAGAAGCCUAUAGGCAAAAAAUGGCUGUGGAAGAUCACAUGUUCCAGGAGCUGCUAGAAAGCAGCCAGAUGAGGAGCAUGGAGGCUCGGAGGGUAACAGAGGACAAUUUGGCAAAGGCCAAGCAAGCCUGCCUGAAGGCUGACUGGCAGAUCCAGGCAUUACAGAGGCAGAAAUGUGACGAUCUACAGCGCAGCCAGGGCUACCAUGAAGUUGCCACUCUUCUUAGGAAGAACAGAAGGAGAGAAAUAGAAAUCUUAAAUGCAAUGAUGGAGGAAGAGGCUAGGAAGUGGAAGGAAGCUGAAGAGAAGCAAUUUCAUUUGCAAUCAGAAAAGAAAGCGUCUGCCCUUUCCGAUGCCUCUCGAAGGUGGUUUCUAAAGCAGGAGACCAGUGCGGCUUUGGAACGUGGAGAUUCCCUAAGCGAAGAUGUACCCUGGUUUCAAAGGGAAGACAUGGCCUCAACCCAUUUGUCCCAAACCUCUCAAUUAAAUGAUGUUCCUGAAAUGGAUCCCUCAACACAGAUUUUUUCAAGUAAGAAAACAAAAGAAUGGAACCACACGGACUAUGAUCUUCUCAAGAAAGUGAGAAAUCUUCGAGAGAGACUCACAGCCCAAGCUCGUAACAGGUGUGAGCCUCCUCAUCUCUUGGUGACAUAGAAGGCAUUUCAACAUGAAACAAUCAGAGAUUUCUUUUUAAGAUCAAUGGCACUGAUUUUUCAAUUAUUUAUUCUAAUUUUUUACAAAGGUCAGCCUUUUGUAUGGAGAAAUAUGUCUAUAAAAUUAUGUUUUCUAUUGAAUUAUAAAGCUUUUGGCUUGUAAAGGGCUUCUGAAAUGUUUUACGAUAAAGG